AUGUACUGGCAAGUGAUUCAGUUUGGAUAUCCGCAAUUUCUUGCCAUCCUGAGAAAUGGUAAGCCAUUUGUAAUAAGGAAAAAUGGUUUACACGAGCAAUGGUACAGUGUCACUCACCUCAGAUAUGACAUUGCCAAAUUACUUUUCACAGAUAUUGAUGACAGAGAUUAUAAUUACCUCCAGUGUGACGUAGAAUUGUAUGAAUUGAUUGUCAUAACUGAGUUUAAGUUUAAGUGUAGGAAGGUCUGGUUUGACGGUAGAUUAUGCUGGACAAUGCCGUCUAAUGCUAAAGAAUUUCCAAAAUAUUUAGCGUUUCACCUAAGAUAUAAUCAGAUGUAUCUUAUGUUCUCUAAAUUGAGGAUGGAGAGGUUAGAUUUGGAGAAUCCUCAGGUCGAUGCUGGUGUAAUUGAGCGUCCCGUGUCUCUAAAGAGAAGAAUUCAAAAGGGUAAGAGAAUAGUUAGAGAGGCUAAAAGAGUGUGUAAAAGGAAGUCAAAAAUGGCUAAAACUGUUAUAGAGCCCGGUAUAGGGGAGGUUGACGGUGGCUCCACAAGCCUCAGGAAGCCUGAGGAAACUGAACCACCCAGGAUUGAGCCUAUAGAGCAGCAAUCUGAAAAUUGUUCAAUAAGUCAAGAAAUGACAUUAGAAAGUUAUAAUUUACCUAAUAUUGUUAUUAGAAUUGACGUACUGGGAAAGAGUGACUGGAACAUACUAAGACUGUUUCGGGAAAACUGGCAUAAUAUUAUACUGUGUAAUGGGUAUAAUAUGACUGCAAAUGGUGAUAAUCGUAAUUAUAAGCUCAAUAUAGAGUUUCUGAGUGAGAGUUUUCUCGGUGAUAUCUCAGGAGACCAACUUCUUAAAUCAAUUGACUUGUACAAAAAGGAUAAGAUUAUUGUUUUGGGAACAGAAACUAAAUUCACUGUGUAUAAACUAGAAGAUGGUAAGUGGACUAAGAAAGAGUAUGAGAUUCCUCCGAUAACACUGUACUACAGAGUUACGCUUCGCAAGUUUGAACAACUAUCCGGUGACCAAUAUACUAUUCACCUUAGUACUGUUGGAGGAAUACAAUUGGUAUUUAGAAUAAACGAGGGUGUAGAGUGUGUGAUGGUAAAGUUCGGGUUUGAGACCUUGGUGAAUCUCAGUAUUGUAAGAAAAAACUUCGUCAAGACUUUGGUGUACAGUGUGGCUGACGGCAGUGUAUUGAUAGACACUAGCGUCCUAACCAAGUUCACAAAAGUUAAUAAUGAAUGGAAUGGCAUUACUCAAAAGCCUUGGUAUUUAAGACAUUACGCUGCGGAUAUGGGCGGAUUCAUACCAAUUUACAUCCCCAGCCUGAAGAAAUCGAACAGUGUUAAUAAUACAUACACGCUUGACUAUCAAAAUGAGCCUAACUCUUGGGAAAGGAUUGACCUUAUCAAGUACUAUGAGGAGAUCAUUUGGAGGCGUGAUUCAGGCCAACCCUCUCCCAAGCGUAUUGUGUGUUAUUCCCACGGGUGUACCCGUUUAACACUUUUUUUUGAGGGCAAAUUUACUGUUUACCAUACGGAAGGAGCUGAGUUUACUACUGAACACUAUGAGAUGCCUCCGAUAACACUACUCACUCAAGAUGCUAUGGGAAACACUACACCGCUCAGUCCUGAUGAUUAUACUGUACAGUUGUUUUUGCAAGGAUGUGUUGGGUUUAUUUACACUCUCAGAACUGAAACUUGUACUCUUGUUAAAUUCGGUGAGAAAGUAAUUUGGAGUUGUAGAACUAAAGAAAACCCACUCUAUGUCGUUUAUAGUCAAACAACAGGGAGGAUCGAGGUUAUUUUCGAGGAUAAAAUUGCUUUUACCAAGCUGAAAUUACGAAAUUCUAUUCUAAAAAAUGGAAAUUCUAUCGUAAAAAAUUUUAAUUCUAUUGUAAAAACCAUCGAAAUUCCUCCUGAAAUUACUCUACACAAAACUAAUCAACAAGGAGAAACUGUAAAACUCAAUCCUCUAGAGUACAGAGUUCAGACAUUUGAAACAACUGGAUUUAGAUACGUAGUUAACGAUGACAUAAUUUGUACUGAACUUAGACAUAAUAACAGAGUCGUGUGGAAAUACACUGAAGGAGACCAGAAACCCUUAUCAUUCACUUAUUUCUUUAAAACAAAAAAGAUAAUUACCGUGAAGUUCCACUCUAAACCUUCUCUAAAGUAUCAACUUCAACAAGAUCAAUAA